AGAAAAGUCACGUGCAAUAGUUUGCUUCCGUGCAAUUGGUGCCACAAUGCCGCUAAGAGCCGGUGGUUCCCCGGAAUUGAAUCAUUUAGCAGACGAAUUCCAUUAAAAUGAAAACUUUGUGCCGAAAAGAUACUACUGUUAAGCAGAAAAACGUAUACCACUCAUUAUUACGUGGUCAGCUCUCUGGAGCAAUUUCUAGCGAUCACUCUCCGAAUUUGGACUCGUCUUAGUUCUCGUUAUGCUGGAAAUCGGCAUAAUCCUCCUACAACAACCGUCUCUUUACAAACUCUCUGCAUGUCGCCCGCUCUCUUCCUCGUCAAAUAAGAAAACCAGUAAGAAACAGAAGCUAAGACAAAAUUAUCCUCCUCGAGCGAGAACCAAACUCCGAUUCCCAGCACCAAAUCCCACUCCACUCUUAGCCAAGAACUACCCCCGUACGAAGCUCCAAGCCCUCGAGUUUGUCAUUAACGAAAUAGAAUCCUCAAUAGAAAAGGGCAUUGAAGUUAAUGAUACCCAUAUCUUCGCUUCCCUUUUGGAAACUUGCUUUGACUUACAAGCCUUUGACCAUGCUUUUCGAAUCCGCCGACUUAUACCUGAUAAACUUCUGCGCAAAAAUGCGGGCAUUUCGUCAAAGCUCAUCAGAUUAUGUGCUCUCAACGGGCACUUGGACGAAGCUCACCACCUAUUCGAUCAAAUGCCUAAGCGUCAUGAAUCGGCUUUUCCAUGGAAUUCACUGAUAGCCGGCUAUGCUGAAAAGGGUUUGCACGAAGAUGCAUUGGCAUUGUACUUUCAGAUGGUUGAAGAGGGCUUGGAGCCUGAUCGGCACACGUUUCCUCGCGUGCUGAAAGCUUGCGGAGGCAUUGGGUUGAUCCAAGUUGGCGAGGAAGUUCAUCGCCAUGUAAUCCGUUAUGGGUUUGGGAAUGAUGGCUUUGCCCUUAAUGCACUAGUCGAUAUGUAUGCUAAAUGUGGCGACAUUGUUAAGGCUCGAAAAGUCUUCGACAGAAUCGUGGAUAAGGACUUAGUUUCCUGGAAUUCAAUGCUAAGUGGAUACGUUCGACAUGAGCUUAUAAUGGAGGCACUUGAUAUAUUUGUGUCGAUGGUGUGCGAGGGGCUUGAACUCGACUCGGUUACUUUGUCAGCACUUAUUUCGAGCGUGUCAUCCUGGAGACUUGGAACUCAAAUUCACGGAUGGGUUCUUCGUCAUGGAAUCGAAUGGGAUUUAUCUACAGCCAACUCUUUGAUUGCUUUUUACUCCAAUUGCAAUAAGCUGGAGGAAGCGCGGUGGUUGUUUGAACACAUGCCUGAGAAGGAUUUAAUCUCUUGGAACUCAAUAAUUUCUGCUCAUAGUAGAGAUGCCGAAGCUUUAUUUUACUUUGAGCAAAUGGUAGAAGCUAAUGCCUCACCAGACGCUAUCACAUUUGUGUCUUUGUUGUCCGCUUGUGCUCAUAUGGGUUUGGUAGAAGACGGACAGAGGCUUUUUAGGAUGAUGAGGAAUGACUACGGAGUCAGGCCAAUUAUGGAGCACUAUGCAUGCAUGGUUAAUCUUUAUGGAAGGGCGGGACUCAUUGAUGAAGCUUAUGACUUUAUCGUGAAUAGAAUGGAUACUGAGGCCGGUCCAACUGUUUGGGGAGCAUUGCUCUAUGGUUGCUACCUUCAUGGAAGCGUUGACUUGGCUGAGAUUGCUGCGACAGCAUUGUUUGAGUUGGAGCCAGAUAAUGAGCAUAAUUUUGAGCUUUUGAUGAAGAUUUAUGUGAGUGCAGGACGGUUUGAUGAUGUUCAAAAAGUUAAAGCAAUGAUGUUAGAAAGAGGAUUGAAUUUGUAGACCAGCUGAAUAUGUUCUUCUGAAAUUUUUAGGAACACCACAGAUUAGUGGGAGGUUCAAUUCCUUUCUAGUAAAGUAUAUCUUUGCAUGGUGCUGGUCA